AUGAACACAACAUGGGGCAGCCGAGCAACUGGUCCACAAGGGUCAGAUUUACUCAGAUCAGAACCAAACCCUCCACCUCAGUCCCAGACCCCUCACCUCAGUCCCAGACCCCUCACCUCAGUCUCAGACCCCUCACCUCAGUCCCAGACCCCUCACCUCAGUCCCAGACCCCUCACCUCAGUCCCAGACCCCUCACCUCAGUCCCAUACCCUUCACUUCAGUCUCAGACCCCUCACCUCAGUCCCAGACCCCUCACCUCAGUCCCAGACCCCUCACCUCAGUCCCAGACCCUUCACUUCAGUCUCAGACCCCUCACCUCAGUCUCAGACCCCUCACCUCAGUCCCAGACCCCUCACCUCAGUCCCAGACCCCUCACCUCAGUCCCAGACCCCUCACCUCAGUCCCAAACCCCUCACCUCAGUCCCAGACCCUUCACCUCAGUCCCAGACCCCUCACCUUCACCUCAGUCCCAAACACCUCACCUCAGUCCCAAACCCCUCACCUCAGUCCCAGACCCCUCACCUCAGUCCCAGACCCCUCACCUCAGUCCCAGACCCUUCACCUCAGUCCCAGACCCCUCACCUCAGUCCCAGACCCCUCACCUCAGUCCCAAACCCCUCACCUCAGUCCCAAACCCCUCACCUCAGUCCCAGACCCCUCACCUCAGUCCCAGACCCCUCACCUCAGUCCCAGACCCUUCACCUCAGUCCCAGACCCCUCACCUCAGUCCCAGACCCCUCACCUCAGUCCCAGACCCUUCACCUCAGCUCCAAAGCCCUCACCUCAGUCCCAGACCCUUCACCUCAGUCCCAAACCCCUCACCUCAGUCCCAGACCCCUCACCUCAGUCCCAAACCCUUCACAUCAGUCCCAGACCCUUCACCUCAGUCCCAAACCCCUCACCUCAGUCCCAAACCCCUCACCUCAGUCCCAAAUCCCUCACCUCAGUCCCAAACCCCUCACCUCAGUCCCAAACCCCUCACCUCAGCUCCAAACCCCCUCACCUCAGUCCCAAACCCCUCACCUCAGUCCCAAACCCCUCACCUCAGCUCCAAACCCCUCACCUCAGUCCCAGACCCCUCACCUCAGCUCCAAACCCCUCACCUCAGUCCCAAACCCUCCACCUCAGUCCCGGACCCUUCACCUCAGUCCCAAACCCCUCACCUCAGUCCCAAACCCCUCACCUCAGUCCCAAACCCCUCACCUCAGUCCCAAACCCCUCACCUCAGUCCCAAACCCCUCACCUCAGCUCCAAACCCCCUCACCUCAGUCCCAAACCCCUCACCUCAGUCCCAAACCCCUCACCUCAGCUCCAAACCCCUCACCUCAGUCCCAGACCCCUCACCUCAGCUCCAAACCCCUCACCUCAGUCCCAAACCCUCCACCUCAGUCCCGGACCCUUCACCUCAGUCCCAAACCCCUCACCUCAGUCCCAAACCCCUCACCUCAGUCCCAAACCCCUCACCUCAGCUCCAAACCCCUCACCUCAGUCCCAAACCCCUCACCUCAGUCCCAAACACCUCACCUCAGUCUCAAACCCUUCACCUCAGUCCCAAACCCUUCACCUCAGUCCCAAACCCCUCACCUCAGUCCCAAACCCCUCACCUCAGUCCCAGACCCUUCACCUUCACCUCAGUCCCAAACACCUCACCUCAGCUCCAAACCCCUCACCUCAGUCCCAGACUCUUCACCUUCACCUCAGUCCCAAACACCUCACCUCAGUCCCAAACCCUUUACCUCAGUCCCAGACCCUUCACCUCAGUCCCAAACCCUUUACCUCAGUCUCAAACCCCUCACCUCAGUCUCAAACCCCUCACCUCAGUCCCAGACCCUUCACCUCAGUCUCAAACCCCUCACCUCAGUCUCAAACCCCUCACCUCAGUCCCAGACCCCUCACCUCAGUCUCAGACCCCUCACCUCAGUCUCAGACCCUUCACCUCAGUCCCAAACCCUUCACAUCAGUCCCAGACCCCUCACCUCAGUCCCAAACCCCUCACCUCAGUCCCGGACCCCUCACCUCAGUCCCAAACCCCUCACCUCAGUCCCAAACCCUUCACCUCAGUCCCAAACCCUUCACAUCAGUCCCAGACCCUCCACAUCAGUCCCAGACCCCUCACCUCAGUCCCAGACCCUUCACCUCAGUCCCAGACCCCUCACCUCAGUCACAAACCCUUCACCUCAGUCCCAAACCCUCCACCUCAGUCCCAAACCCUUCACAUCAGUCCCAAACCCUCCACCUCAGUCCCAGACCCCUCACCUCAGUCCCAGACCCUUCACCUCAGUCCCAGACCCCUCACCUCAGUCCCAAACCCUUCACCUCAGUCCCAAACCCUUCACCUCAGUCCCAAACCCCUCACCUCAGUCCCAAAUACCUCACCUCAGUCCCAAACCCCUCACCUCAGUCCCAGACCCCUCACCUCAGUCCCAGACCCUUCACCUCAGCUCCAAACCCCUCACCUCAGCUUCAAACCCUUCACCUCAGUCCCAGACCCCUCACCUCAGUCCCAGACCCCUCACCUCAGUCCCAAACCCCUCACCUCAGUCCCAGACCCCUCACCUCAGUCUCAGACCCCUCACCUCAGUCCCAGACCCUUCACCUCAGUCUCAAACCCCUCACCUCAGUCUCAAACCCCUCACCUCAGUCCCAGACCCCUCACCUCAGUCUCAGACCCCUCACCUCAGUCUCAGACCCUUCACCUCAGUCCCAAACCCUUCACAUCAGUCCCAGACCCCUCACCUCAGUCCCAAACCCCUCACCUCAGUCCCGGACCCCUCACCUCAGUCCCAAACCCCUCACCUCAGUCCCAAACCCUUCACCUCAGUCCCAAACCCUUCACAUCAGUCCCAAACCCUCCACAUCAGUCCCAGACCCCUCACCUCAGUCCCAGACCCUUCACCUCAGUCCCAGACCCCUCACCUCAGUCACAAACCCUUCACCUCAGUCCCAAACCCUCCACCUCAGUCCCAAACCCUUCACAUCAGUCCCAAACCCUCCACCUCAGUCCCAGACCCCUCACCUCAGUCCCAGACCCUUCACCUCAGUCCCAGACCCCUCACCUCAGUCCCAAACCCUUCACCUCAGUCCCAAACCCUUCACCUCAGUCCCAAACCCCUCACCUCAGUCCCAAAUACCUCACCUCAGUCCCAAACCCCUCACCUCAGUCCCAGACCCCUCACCUCAGUCCCAGACCCUUCACCUCAGCUCCAAACCCCUCACCUCAGCUUCAAACCCUUCACCUCAGUCCCAGACCCCUCACCUCAGUCCCAGACCCCUCACCUCAGUCCCAAACCCCUCACCUCAGUCCCAGACCCCUCACCUUAG